UAUUCUCCAAGGCGCCUACGCGAUUGCCGCGGCGUAGCUCCGGCUUGACCCUUCGCCCCACGUCAGCAGCGGAGGCCCCGCGGCCUGCGUUUACUCCACCGCCGCUGACGUAACGUCAUCUUGCGGGACGUGGACGGAAGCAAAAGGGGAGUAAGCCGGCGCCAGAAGCGGCCCGGCGUGCAGUGCCGGCGGUGCGGCGGGGUCGGGUGCUGGUUGUGAGAUACUUUGAUCAGUGACCACAUCGCAUCAUGUUGAGUCAGGUCUACCGCUCUGGGUUCCAGGCCUUCCGCCAGCGUCUCCUGCCCUGGGUCCAGUCCACAGCCCUCUCCAGAUCUCACCGUGUCCAGCCUUCAGCCAUCAGACAUGUUCGUUCUUGGAGCAACAUCCCCUUUAUCACUGUCCCCCUCAGUCGUACACAUGGCAAGUCUUUUGCCCACCGCAGUGAGCUGAAGCAUGCCAAGAGAAUCGUGGUGAAACUUGGAAGUGCCGUAGUAACCCGGGGGGAUGAGUGUGGCCUUGCACUGGGGCGCCUGGCAUCUAUUGUUGAGCAGGUGUCAGUGCUACAGAAUCAAGGCCGAGAGAUGAUGCUGGUGACCAGUGGAGCCGUGGCCUUUGGCAAGCAACGCUUGCGCCAUGAGAUCCUUCUGUCUCAGAGCGUGCGGCAGGCCCUGCACUCAGGGCAGAACCAGUUGAAAGAGAUGGCAAUUCCAGUCUUAGAAGCACGAGCCUGUGCAGCCGCCGGACAGAGUGGGCUGAUGGCCUUGUAUGAGGCCAUGUUUACCCAGUACAGCAUCUGUGCCGCCCAGAUUUUGGUGACCAACUUGGAUUUCCAUGAUGAGCAGAAGCGCCGGAACCUUAAUGGGACACUUCAUGAGCUCCUCCGAAUGAACAUCGUUCCCAUUGUCAACACAAAUGAUGCUGUCGUGCCCCCAGCUGAGCCCAAUAGUGAUCUCCAGGGGGUAAAUGUUAUUAGUGUUAAAGAUAAUGAUAGCCUGGCUGCCCGUCUGGCUGUGGAAAUGAAAACUGACCUCUUGAUUGUUCUUUCAGAUGUAGAAGGUCUCUUUGACAGCCCCCCAGGGUCAGAUGACGCAAAGCUCAUUGAUAUAUUUUAUCCCGGAGAUCAGCAGUCUGUGACCUUUGGAACCAAGUCAAGAGUAGGCAUGGGUGGCAUGGAAGCCAAGGUGAAAGCGGCCCUCUGGGCUUUGCAAGGUGGCACUUCUGUGGUUAUUGCCAGCGGAACCCACCCAAAGGUGUCUGGACAUGUCAUCACAGACAUCGUGGAGGGAAAGAAAGUUGGCACCUUCUUUUCUGAAGUAAAGCCUGCAGGUCCUACUGUUGAACAGCAGGGAGAAAUGGCUCGAGCAGGAGGAAGGAUGUUGGCCACUUUGGAACCUGAGCAGAGAGCAGAGAUUAUCCAUCAUCUGGCUGAUCUGUUGACGGACCAGCGUGAUGAGAUCCUGUUAGCCAACAAGAAAGACUUGGAGGAGGCAGAGGGGAGACUCGCAGCUCCUCUGCUGAAACGUUUGAGCCUCUCCACAUCUAAAUUGAACAGCCUGGCCAUCGGUCUACGGCAGAUCGCAGCCUCCUCACAGGACAGCGUGGGGCGUGUUUUGCGUCGAACCCGAAUUGCCAAAAACUUGGAGCUAGAACAAGUGACUGUCCCAAUUGGAGUCCUGCUGGUCAUCUUUGAGUCUCGCCCAGACUGUCUACCCCAGGUGGCAGCCUUGGCUAUAGCAAGUGGUAAUGGCUUAUUACUCAAAGGAGGGAAGGAGGCCACACACAGCAACCGGAUUCUUCAUCUUUUGGCCCAAGAGGCCCUCUCAAUCCAUGGAGUCAAGGAGGCCAUACAGCUGGUGAAUACCAGAGAAGAAGUGGAAGAUCUUUGUCGCCUAGAUAAAAUGAUAGAUCUGAUUAUUCCACGUGGCUCUUCCCAGCUGGUCAGAGAUAUCCAGAAAGCUGCUAAGGGGAUCCCGGUGAUGGGACACAGUGAGGGGAUCUGCCACAUGUAUGUGGAUUCAGAGGCCAGCGUCGAUAAAGCCACCAGACUGGUCCGAGACUCUAAAUGUGAAUAUCCAGCUGCCUGUAAUGCUUUGGAGACUCUAUUAAUUCACCGAGAUCUGCUGAGAACACCAUUAUUUGACCAGAUCAUUGACAUGCUGAGAGUGGAACAGGUGAAAAUUCACGCGGGCCCCAAGUUCGCCUCCUAUCUGACCUUCAGCCCCUCUGAAGUUAAGUCCCUCCGAACUGAGUAUGGGGACCUGGAAUUGUGCAUUGAAGUGGUGGACAGCGUCCAGGAGGCCAUCGACCACAUCCACAAGUACGGCAGCUCGCACACAGAUGUCAUCGUCACGGAGAAUGAGAAAACAGCAGAGUUCUUCCUCCAGCACGUAGAUAGUGCCUGUGUAUUCUGGAAUGCCAGCACUCGCUUCUCUGAUGGCUACCGCUUUGGACUGGGAGCUGAAGUGGGCAUCAGUACGUCACGGAUCCACGCACGGGGACCAGUAGGAUUGGAGGGACUGCUCACUACAAAGUGGCUACUGCGGGGGCAGGACCACGUGGUCUCCGAUUUCUCUGAGCACGGAAGUUUGAAAUAUCUUCACGAGAACCUCCCUGUGCCUCAGAGAAACACCAACUGAGAAGAGCUGGGAAGGAUUCAAGAGAUCUUCACAGUUAAGAUGGUCUUAAGCAUCUCGUCGUGUCCUGGAUGAGCCAGGUGCCAUCUCCCACUUCUAGAAGGGUCUGCCUCUGGGAAAGUGUACCACGAAGCUUUUGGGCUCAGUGUGACAACACUGCUCUUGGCUAACGCGCGUAUUCCAAUUCACCCUUCUCUACGUUAGAAAAUAACCACCGUGGACGGGGACUUUGCUUCUCACAGUCCAGUUCCCUGCAAGGAUAGAAGCAGAAAGGUGCAGCUUCCCCCCAUAAAAGGCAAUGGAAAAUCAUGGUCACUUUUACCUUUUUAUCGCCUCAAUGAGGUAAUGUCUCCCCUGGCGUUUGGUUGGCGCUAGAGCCCAUCACACCUAAUAUGUCUUUCCACAUUUCAUUUCUUCACGCUUACAGUCAGUUUCAGAAAGGAAAGAUUUGGAAUUUAGAAGAGGGGCAGCUCUCCUUUUUAGCAUUCUCAUCAGAAACAGUUGCAAAAAUGGACUGAAUCAUUUCUACCAGGAAGAUUGACUUUUUGUAUUUAUUGUGGAAUAAAUCUACAGAAGCAUUCCAGAUGCUCACCCCUGUCCGGACCCAGAGGACCCGGCGUUACCCAGAAUGCAGUUGGAACCUGGAGCUGCGAGUCCCAGGAAGAAGUAUCUAUAGCAAUCAUGCUUGAAAUUUUUAUAUGAAUUACUUUGUCUCCUGCCCUUUCCCUCCAAAACAAAAAUUAAAGGGUUAUUUUAAUACUUUGGAUUCCUCCCCCUUUUUGAGAAAUAAAGUUCUUAUGAAAAGCC